UCUCAGCAGGAAAUGAGCAAGAAAAGAUCAGAUGUCACAGAUUCAUUAUCGCAAGCCGUAGUCCAGUCUUCUAUGCCAUGUUUUGUGGUACUCUUGCUGAGUUAAACGAUGUUAUCUGCGUCCCAGAUAUGGAGCCAAUAACACUUAAAAUUUUAAUACGGCAAUGGCAAUCCACUGGCAAUAUGCGGAAUCCUUCGGUGACACGAACCUUAAGAUGCUUGAGAACGAGGAUCUCUGUGAUGUCACAUUCUCAGCUGGAAAUGAGCAAGAACAGAUCAGAUGUCACAGAUUCAUUCUCGCCAGCCGUAGUCCAGUCUUCUAUGCCAUGUUCUGUGGUACCCUUGCUGAAUCAAAAGAUGUUAUCUGCGUCCCAGAUAUUGAGCCAAUUACACUUAAAAUUUUAAUACGGUAUCUAUACAGCGGCAAGGUCAAAAUAAAUGCUGAGACAGUUCUCAGUCUGUUGUACGCUGCUAAGAAGUACGAUAUUCCUGGACUGGAUUCCAAAUGCAAGUCUUUCCUGAAUGAAAACGUCAAUUGCGAAAACGUUUGCACAAUUCUCGACCAGGCCAUAGUGUUUGAUGAUGAAGAUCUGAAAAGUAAAAGUUUGGACUUUAUUAUGGACAAGUCCGAUAGCGUUUUGAAAUCAGAUGCGUUUCUUCGAAUGUCAAAGUCUGGUUUACAUGAAGUGCUUAAACUGGAUCAGUUUAACGCAAGUGAAUGCGAACUGUACACUGCAUGCAAACGGUGGGCAACUCAGAGAUGUAGAGACGCGGGCAAAGUGGAAAACUAUGAAAAUAUAAGGCAGGCGUUGACAGAUGAACUUGUUUACCUAAUUCGAUUCCCGACCAUGACGUUUGAAGAGUUCACGAAUGUUGUAGCCUCUGAAAAUGUUCUCACUGAUAGCGAACUACUAGGCGUGUAUAGACUGAUUGCAAACAAGGAAAUGGUCUCAAAAUAUAUUUCCAAACCCCGCACUUGUACGUCGAAAAACGUAAUGUUUGUAAGCUGUGAAAUGGACUUGUAAUGGGUCACAAGAUGGCAUCAGUUUUACAGUGUCUGAAGACUGUGAACUGAGUGCAGUCGAUAUGUUUUUGCCAGUCUCUGAAGGUUCUGCGACUGGUGUACUGGAGCUGCUUGAGCAUACCACAGUAAUUCACACCCAGAAUGUAACAUUGAAUUACAAUGAAUAUGAGGUAAAUUUGCUCGUUUAUUUAGAUAAACAUCUUCCUCUUAAAUCCACACACGAAUAUUCAAUACGACAAAGAAUGAAAGGAAUGAACGUGUAUGCUUGUGGUUCAACCAAAAAGAAUAUAACGAUUGAAGAUGUAACAAUGACGAUGACGGACUUAAAGUUUGGAUCGAGUGAUAACGGUACCAGCGUUUCACAGGGGCAGUUUUAUGGCUUCGAACUUUUAAUCAAAGGAAAGACAUGAUAUUGUAUAUUAAUUUCGCAUUAUAUUUAUGAAAAUAUUUAUCAUGUGUUGGGACCAUGUAUAGCGUAUUGAUUCAUACAUACACCGUAUUAGUUUAUAUAAUACAAAAUAAUUGCUGGUCUAUCCAUA